CGGUCGCCGUUGUGGCGGCGGAUUUGUUGUGUUUGUGUCGGGCAGACUCUCUGGCGACAGGAUCGGGAUCGGGAUCGGGAUCGGGACCGUGCCCUGGCGCUGGGGGUUCGCCGUUUGCUCACCACACAGGAGGAGGAGGAGGAGGAAGGAUCAGUUCGUCCCACGGCCGAAGAAUAGGAUUGAGAUGCGCGGCGUUACCCGGGCAACCUGACCUUUGGGGACAGGAAGAGCUCGAGGCCGGCCUGGGGUCAGGAGGGGGAUGUUUGCGUGAAGGGCCGCGGGGUUAGCCCUUGUUGAAGGGCCACGGUUCGUGGUGCAAGGCGGCACUAAGGCUGGAAGGGCUCAAAGGUUAGACAUUGCCUCACUAUAGCUCAAAGCUGCAACAUGGACAGGAUUCCAGUGUCAUCCAUUGAGCUGAUCUGCUUGGGGUCAAGCUUUGCAUUUUCUGGGUUGUUUUACUACUUGUACAGAAGGAAAAGAACAACAGUGGAAGUGCUGAAGGAAGCCCCACAAUUUCAAAUCAACAAGCAUUUGGUGGAAUUUCUUAAUGCCACUCCAGGAAAAUGUGUGCAAUAUGCUGUUGUAGAAGGAAUUACUCGACCAGUUGGAGAGAGAUUGCGUAGCCAUUAUCAAGAUGACUGCACUGGUGUAAUGCAACGGCUUAUUUUGAAAGAGCACAAACUGAUCUGGAAUAACUUGGCUAGGAGUUGGAGUGACAGUGAACGAAUUAUACAUGAAAGAGUGAAUAUCGUACCCUUUGACCUGAUUUCUCCCGGAGGAGGAAAAUAUGCAGUUCGUGUAAUCAACCCACUGGAAGCAUCAGGACCGCAGUUUGAAACAGUAUAUGAACGAUUUCACCAGGCUACACAAGGCUUCACUGAUGUCAUUGGGCACUACCUGAGUGGUGAGAAGCCCAAAGGCUUCCUGGAAACUGAAGAGAUAGUCCGUGUUGGGGCCACUUUGACAGGGAUUGGAGAGCUUGUUUUGGAUUCUGACAAGGUUAUCAAACUGCAACCCCCUAAAGAUGGUCUGGAAUACUUCCUCAGCAGCAUGGACUUCCCUAGUAUACUGAAACAGCAGGAGUCGAGUGUUAAACUUUGGAAGGUGUUUACAACCAUCUGCACGCUGACUGGCAUUGCUUUAAUCAUGGUCGUCCUGCGUAGGAUGUACCGAGAGUUUAAUGAGAAACAGGAACAGGAAGAAAUGAGGAAGAGUUAUAAACGGUUCAAUGAAAGUAGACGUGCUGCUGUUGGUGAUGAAGAUGAAAUUCCAGCAAAUGCUUGUGUGAUUUGUCUAUCUAAACCACGGGAAUGUGUCUUCUUAACCUGCGGACAUGUUUGUUGCUGCUAUGAUUGUCAUCGGGCACUCCCCACACCAACUUGCCCAAUUUGUAGAAGUACCAUAGUCAGAAUAGUUCCCCUUUACCAAGCAUGAGAGUAUUUCACACAAUCCAAGCAAAUUGAUCAAGUGCCUUUUAAUUGCAAUCCUGCAAUCAGAAUGUAAGGCUGCUGUAUUUGUUCAGUGGUUAAAAUAGUAUGUUAAUGUGUGAGGUUCCUCUGCAUUAGUUACUGUGACCAGCCUGGCACAAGGGUUUCUGAAUUUGUGAUCCUACCUGUUUGUCAUUUGCUAUUCUCUGGCAAUGGACCUUUGCUGAUUAUUCUUGGUUGGAACAUACUUUGGUACUCUUCAUAAAACACUGCAAGAAAGAUCUAAUCAAGUCAGUUGAUCUGGAAUGGUAAUGACAGCAGUUGGAAUUUUUGAUAAGGCAACCUUUCUCAUUUGACAUAAAGCCAUCGUGGAAUAAAUUGGAAACUAUGAACAUAACCAGCUAGUACUUAACCAAAUUUCAUGGUGUUGCCAUACUUAGUGCUUGUUCGUUUUUAAAAGCAAAAAUACAUAUUACAGAAUUCUGGAAUUACUUUGACUCAGGGUGCAGAUUGGGUUUAUUUCCCCACAAGCUACUUUGUAGUUAAUGUUCUGACUUCUUAAAAUAUUUAAUGAACUUGUUCUUCCACUAAAAGAUUUUCAUUAAUAAUAAGCACUGUGUAGAAGCAGGCAAGUGAGACUGGAAAUAUGUGAAUGAUUAAACUCAGUUUUUAGUUUCUCAGUUCAUCCUAAUUUUUUUCACUUAUUCACAAGCUAGGAAUAGGAGUGUAUGGAUAUGUGGAAAACCCACUGGCUUGAUAAUUCGUACCAUCAGAUCUGGGUACUUGCAAAUUAUGACCUGUGGUACAUGAAAUAAAAAUUAUCACUCAAGUAUAUAUUUUGCAACAAACUUGAUGAUCUAUUUUUGUGAUUGUUUUUUACCACUACACAAGAGCUUACAACGUUUCAGUCAUGGUGGGACUGCUGAGUUAGUACUGUGACAAAGCACUCUCAGCUGCCAAGGGAGGAGCAUAAUUGAGAGGAAAGAAGAGGAUUUGAAGGGCAUGGAGUACAAAGGAAUAAAAAAAAAUGUGGUGAAGCUUAGUCAGAAAAGUGAUUAUUUUUAAAAGUAAAGCUCCCUUCAAAUAAUUUUAUGUUUGCACCUUUAAAUGUGUUCUUAAACUGCUUGGUCACUUGAGCAUCUUGUACAUUCAAUUUUGUUUUCUCACCUAAAAACACUGCUCUAAUUGCAGUGGCUUCCUUGCAUUAGUUUGUGACACCUCAAUGGUUUGUUUAUAAAUGAAAAUUAACAGAAGUUAACAAAUGCUUCUAAAUGAAAUAAUCUUCCAGAGCUGGGAUUUGGUGAUUGAUGAUUGAACCUGAUUUUAAAAGGUUAGUGUGUAACUCAUUCUUUGUUUUAUGCAGCAAGCAUCUUGGUAUGUAAUAUUUGGCAAGAUUAUAUCGAUUAGUAUAUGAAGCUUAAAAACUUCUACACUGGUUAUUUCUAGAGUUCCAGCAUCUUAUGAUGGGCCACUUUUUCACAAAAAUGCUGUCUUGUUUGUGGAGAAUAUGCAAUAAAGAGGUUGAGAUUUCUCUACCUACAUUUGCAUCCACAAAUCAUCCCAAUGAGAUUUAUUGUCACUGAAUUUUAAGACCUAAUCAGUAUCUUGCAAACAUAUAUAGAGGACAGUAUGGACAGCCAUAAGUCAAACAGCUGGUCUGCUAGUGUUGGUUCAGGGGUGGAUGAUAGGACACAAGGGAAAUUAAUCUUUACAUCCAGUAAAUUCAGAAAUCCUGCUCUAACUGAGCUUGUGUCAAUAGAAGCCAUGAUAGCUUUUAAGACUUUCCAAAGAUCUCUUGAAUUUCUCUAUAAGAUGCUAGGUUAGAACAUAGAACAAUACAGCACAAUACAGGUCCUUCAGCCCACCAUGUUGUGCUGACCUUCAAACCACCCCUAAGACUAUCUAACCCCUUCCUCCCACAUAUCCUUCUAUUUUAAAUUCCUCCAUAUGCUUAUCUAACAAUCUCUUGAACUUAACCAACGUAUCAGCCUCCACCACCACCCCAGGCAGCGCAUUCCAUGCACCAACCACUCUCUGGGUGAAAAACCUCCCUCUGACGUCUCCCUUGAACUUCCCACCCAUUACCUUAAAGCCAUGUCCUCUUGUAUUGAGCACUGGGGAAGAGGCGCUGGCUGUCCACUCUAUCUAUUCCUCUUAAUAUUUUGUAUACCUCUAUCAUGUCUCCCCUCAUCCUCCUUCUCUCCAAUAAGAACAGCCCUAGCUCCUUUAGUCUCUCCUCAUAAUCCAUACUCUCUAAUCCAGGCAGCAUCCUGGUGAAUCUCCUCUGCAUCCUUUCCAUAGCUUCCACAUCUUUCCUAUAAUGAGGCAACCAAAACUGGACUCAGUACUCUAAAUGUGCUCUAACCAGAGUUUUGUAAAACUGCAGCAUUACUUUGCGGUUCUUAAACUCGAUCCCACGACUUAUGAAAGCUAACAUCCCAUAAACUUUCUUAACUACCCUAUCCACCUGUGAGGCAACUUUCAGUGAUCCGUGGAUUUGAACCCCCAGAUCCCUCUGCUCCUUCACACUGCCCAGAAUCCUGCCAUUUAUCUUGUAUUCCGCCUUGGAGUUUGUCCUUCCAAAGUGUACCACCUCACACUUCUCCGGAUUGAACUCCAUCUGCCACUUCUCAGCCCAGCUCUGCAUCCUAUCACUAUCCCUCUGUAAGCUUCGACAGCCCUCCACACUAUCUACUACACUAGUUGUGUCUAGUUUUGGAGUAAGUACUUAAUUGUAGCAAUGUUACAUUUUAUGAUUAGUCCUUAAAAGUUGACAUUGUAUUUCUAUGAAUUUUAAAUGCAGAUCUUUCAUGCCAUAAACUUGUUUAAAAAAAAAUUAGUGGCAUUGACAUUUUCCCCAUUGUUUCAUAGGACCAUCUUCGUCUCAAUGUUCUCUGUCCGAUUCCCUCGUCUCUUCCCCAUCUCCCAACCUUCUGUCCUAUUGUGUACUCCACUGGAAAGGCACUCUCCCAGUCCAUCUUGAAAUCCCUGACCAUUUUGUAUUCAAUUCCUGGAUCUACUGAUGUCUUUAAUGUAACCUUUACCUCCACCUUUGAUAUCCUAGUUCUCAUCAAAACUAAUACUUUCUCGAUCUGCCCCUCUACCCAGACCCCUGGUCCAAUAUAUUUCAUCUCUGCUCCCAGAUGAAAUCCUUGCAGAGCUGGCUUAUGACAAAUGAACCAGAUUUUUUUUCCCCCUUGUAGGAAGUAAGCAAGUUUGUAACAGUUGUCAAAGUAAUGCACUUGCAUGUGUGACAGAUUUAAAUACCUAGUUAUUUCCAAAUAACUAAGCAGAAUGAGGGACCUAGAUUGGUUAAAACAUAAUCUAAUUGCUAUAACUCUGGAAAUAACCAGGGUUUUAUUUUAAUCUGUCAUACUUGCGUGUACUGAUCUGUGAAACAGCUGAUUCCAAGUUUGCAAAGAUAACUCCUGUGGCUUUUGUUCAGUGCAAAACCAUGAUCUCAAAGCCCUGUUUCCUCUAUCCUCACUUCCAACAAUAAGUGGAAAUCUCAUGAACUACUUUGUCACUAAGAUCGGACUGUCAAGUUUGCUGCACCUGCCAUCUCCCUUUCCUUAGCUGCCCAACUUCCAAUAUUCCUUUUCAGCCACCACCAAAUUUGCACCUCUGAUUUCUCUCAUUCCACUUGCAAACACAUCUUGUCCAUGGAACCUUUCUUGCCAUUUCAGUCAGAUUUCUGGUCAAUUUUCCUUCCUGACCCUUCUGUUUGCUAAUAUUGUCAACUGUUCUCCUUCAAAUCUGCUGCCAUUACUUCUCCUCUUUACUCCAAUUCUCAUUCUUUCUAUCCUCCAGUUUCAGUGCUCCUUUCUCAAGCCCUUGAAUAUCUUGGUAGCCUGACAUAUCGUUCCCGGAACGCCUUAUUUGAAUCCCUCCAAGCUGGUUUCCACCUCUUCCACCAAUCAUUUUCUGUUCAUUGUGAUAAAAGUGAUCUCUUCCUCAGCGUUAUUUGAUUAAAUUUUAAAGAUCAAGGAAGUUAUUUGUGAUCCUUGAAACACACUCCAGUUCCGAUCCUCUGGCUCUUUCUUUCCAUAGGAGCUCUUUUAAAAAAAAAUAAAUAAAUAAGAGGUAGGGUUAAAGAUGGAAGAGGGACUUGCCAAAAAUGUUUUGAGCAUGCAAAUAACAACAACGAUGAGUAAUUCGCUAGAUGUGAUUAAAUAGAUGAGAUCUAAACCAGACAUAUUUGGCCUCGUUGAGCUAGACUGUGAUUGUGGAGAAUGUGUGUUGUCAAUGUCAAAACUGCCCUAGUAUUAACACAACAACCAUAUUUGACCCAAAGUUGAGUUUGGACUUUGUAUCUAUUUUGUCACUAAAUCCAGUUGUUUCCACCUGUUGAACAUUAUAUAUUUUCACAUGGAUAUACGAUAUGAAUUUAAGCUUCAGAAUCUCCUGUAUCUUUUUGCUAAUAAUUUUUCACAUUGGACGUGCUCAUUUUUAAAGAUUUUCUUGUCAUUUCAUCAUUAUUGCUGCUUCAAGAAACAAGUCAUAGUUAUAGAUAGUUUGAAAGAUCCAACCUUGGCAAGAUAUUUUCUCGUUCCUUCUAGCUAGUUCACUAUGUCCUCUUUAUGAAGCAUAACUGCACUGCACUUAAAAUGACAGGUUUUUUUUCCUCAAGUGACCUGGCCUCAAAUAAAUAGGUUCUAUAUGGCCCUUGACUGAAUAGUUGGUUCUUUUUACCAUCCAAAAAAAUUCUCUAGUACGGUAUUGCAAAUGAUUCAAUUCUCUUCCUUCUGCUCUUUCAUAAAAGCUAGCUUUAACAUCCAUACAAUGGUACAGGGGUAAAACAAUGUUCAUUGUUAUUACUUUAAUUGAUUCAGUAACAUUCACGUUUUUCAUUAUCUUGAUCAAGCCUAACAUUGCAGUUCUUCCUACUUACAGUAGAUUGACUUCCUAUAUUUGGUGAUAAAGUUAAUUUGAGUGAGAUGGGCCAUUGAGUCACCAUGACUCCAAAUUAAUUGCACUUGACUAACUGUCUGAUUAUUUAUUACCCAGUUAGUGCAGUUGUGUUUGAUCAAUUAUUUUCUUGUC